CUGGGCCCCCACCAGCCGAAAAACCAGAGAGAAAUCGACAGCAGAUCCGUCUACGUGUCCAACAUCCCCUUCAAAAUCUCCCCCUGGAAGCUCAAGGUACUCUUCUGCCAGGGCGCCGACGGAGUCCCCGGCUGCGGCAGCACCUCCGUCAACAGGGUCACCAUUGUCUGCGACCGCGUCACCGGCUUGCCCAAGGGCUACGCCUACAUCGAGUUCGCCCACGAGUCCGACGCCGCCGCCGCAGUCCGCUUCGACGGCCUCCAGGUCGACGGCAGGGUCAUCGGCGUCAAGAGCAAGCGCACAAACGUCCCCGGCGUGCAUAGC